AUGCGGAAAGGUGAGCCAGAAAACCGCGUUACCCGUGGUAUUGCACGUUACUCACGACUGCGCCACAUCGAAAUCGAAUGGCCGUUGCUCGCUCUUUCUGUGUUCUGUUUCGUCUACAAUUCCGUCAGUGGUUUUUGUUUUUCUUUGGUUGACAAGUUUCUUUUGGGGUUUGCUUUUCCUCCGUUGCUGAGUUUGACUGUGAGAAGAAAAGUUUGGUUUAGCUCUGGUGUUCGGUUGGUUGUGAGAACAAAAGAGUUUGAUCGGGAGAAGCUAAGGGUUUCCGAUUAUAAAGUUAUGGCACGUGUUGCUGAUAAAAUAAAAUUGAUAGUUGGAUCAAGGGAAGCUCUUAAGCUUUCUGUAAGGAUCACUGAUCUUUGGUUCAUUGGGAUUCCUGGAAAGACUGAACAAGCUGAAAUGGUGGUUGUUGAUUCUGAUGGAGAUGAAAUGCAUGUUGUUUGCAAGCAGGAUCAGCUGAAGUCUCGCAAGGCUGAUUUGAAAGAAAAUUUGACUUAUGUGAUGCAUAAUUUUAAAGUUAUCAAGAAUGAUGGGAAAUUCAGAGUUUGUGAUCAUGAAUAUAAAUUAUGUUUUACUGGAGUUACUGUUGUUAGGCAAUGUGAUAUGGAACAAUUACCUUUUAGGAAAUUCAGAUUUGUUGCUUUUUCCAGUGUCAUUGCUAGUCAUUUUAAAAUUGGCCUCUUGGUUGAUGUUAUUGGCGUGGUUGAUGAAGUGGUAUUCCGAUAUGUGUCAUCCAAAAAUACGAGGGUUGUUUUGAAUUUAAAGGAUUUGAGGCCGAUCGUUAUUCUCUUGACUCCUGCUAGGAUUAAGGAAGCACAGGGAUCAUAUCCAACAUCGGUCAGUAAUUCUUUCAAGGCAUCUAAACUCAUGAUCAAUGACCUGGUGCUGGAAAUUCAAGAAUUUAGAGAGAGUCUUUUAGAUUUAGGGAUCGAGGUUAGAUCAAUUUUGACGCCUAUUGGACAAGGGAGUUCACAGGUUUUCUUUGUAGAAAAUCUAAUGUCAGUUUCUUCAAACAGGAGUUUGUUUGUGUUACUGUCGCCAAGAUUACAACCAUAG